GGAGCUCCACACCCAGACCCCGACAUGAGCCCGAUGAGAGCAAACAGGGACUAAAGGAUCGAUCCGGAUCGGUUCUGAUGGCUGAUCGAUCAGGAAGCUGAUUGGUCUGGGAGCUGAUUGAUCUGAGAGCUGAUUGGUCGGUUCUGUCGCUGCUCGAGUCAUGAAGCUGAAUCCUCUACAGGCUCCUCUCUAUGGGGGGUGUCUGCUGACUGUGCAGCUCGAUGAUGAAGAGGCGUGUCGCCGUGAUGAAGACGAGGAGGAGGAGGAGUUUUAUCUUCUGUUUUCAGGGUCGAUGCAGAGACACCUGAGCAGCACGCUGAGAGUCAGCAGGGCCACGCUGCAGGCGGUGUGUCCAGCCCAUACCUUGUGUGAGCCGGUCCUGGUGACGUUGUGCGUGGCUCGUCCUCAUGGAGCCGUGGACGCUCGCUCCCAGGAGAGCUUCAGCUUCAUUCAGGACCUGGCCUUGGACAUGGCUCACUUCCUGUUGGACGGCAGUGAUCCACAGGAAGCUCUGAUGCUGGAGGAUCAGCAGGUUAUGCUGAAGAAAUGUGAGCGCCUGGACCAGAGUCUGACCCUAGCCCUCAAACAUGUAAGCUCACCCCCCUUCAGGACGCCAUCAGGGGGAGGAGCCACACCCACACAGUCAGAGCUGGACGCACAGUCACGGCCGGACAUCUCCAGUAACCCCGAUGAGACUCGGGUCCAGCGGCUCUCUAGUCUGCUUCACUUAGCCGCCCGUCACGGUCUGACGGCGGUGGCGUCCUUCGCUCUGCAGCAGACGGGAGGUCAAGAGGCGCUGAGGAGGCCGAACGCCCGAGGAGAGACGGCGGCUGGGGAGGCCAGGAGACGAGGACACGAGGAGCUGGUACAGCUCUUUACACGGUACGAGACAUCCUCACCUGUCGUCCACGAACCACAGGAACAUCUUGUUAUUUACCCAGAAUGCCGAGUGUUUCAGCGUCAUUCAGACCUGGGAACCUACACACUGACACUCCCAAUGCUCCAUCAGAGACAGGAGGGGGCGGAGACUAAGAGCCAAGGGCCCCUACAGGAGGAGGUGGAGGAGCUGAGGAGGCUGAUACACCUACAUAGAGACACAAAGGGAACCCCCGCUGGUCGUGGUCACAGAGACAGCGAGUUGUUUGGCCCCACCCCUGGGCUGCAGGCAUGCUCUGACAACAAACAGGAAGUAGGCGAGGGAGCCGUUACCAUAGAGACUAGCGUCACAACAACAGAGGAGAAUGCUGCUGUCACUCAGACUUCCUGUCACGGUGGACGAGUCUGUCAGAAACAGGAAGAGGAAGUGAAGGCACCUGCUGUUGGAGGGCGGAACAGGAAACACAAGAAGAAGAGAAAAAACAGCCAGGAGGAGAGGAAGAGGAGGGCGAAGGGCGACAGAGGAGGAGGGCAAGUCUCAGAAACAUCCGGAAACACAGGAGGGACUACAGUACCCAUAAUCCCUGAAAACACAGGAGGGACUACAGUACCCAUAAUCCCUGAAAACACAGGAGGGACUACAGUACCCAUAAUCCCUGAAAACACAGGAGGGACUACAGUACCCGUAAUCCCUGAAAACACAGGAGGGACUACAGUACCCAUAUUCCUUGAAAACACAGGAGGGACUACAGUACCCAUAAUCCCUGGUGACAGUCAUGCAGUCGCUGUGCCGACCACUGCCAUCGUAGAAAAACAGGAAGCAGAGAACGGGGAAGUGGAGCAGCUGAUGUGUGAGCAGAGAAACAGAGAGGGGCGACGACAGACCAACGACCUGAGAUCAGCUGAUCAGACCACAGAAACCAUGGGUCAGGAACAGUCCCAGGACCACCAGGAGAGCCAGUCAGACCCUGAGGGGCAAAGUUCACCUGGAGCAAAGACCAGUCCAAGCCCCACAUCCCCCGGGUCACAGAGGAAACCCCGUAGAGUUCUGUGGAGGGACGGGGGCUGGAUCAGCAGCAGGAUGGGACCAGGUCUGAAUAAUGAAGACCUAGAACCAAAGUCGGUUUGGUACCAGGCUGAAGAACUGGUCCCAAAAACGGCGGGGUACCAGUCCAAAGACCCAGAAGCAAAGACAGUGUGGUAUCAGGCUGAGGACCUGCAGCGGGACUCUCAGACCGUUUGGUACGAUUCAGACUCAGUGGACCCGAGGGAUCAGGGACAGCUGGAUCAGAGCGAGGACAGAGCUGAGAGUAGGCAGAGUCAGCCACAUGCUGCUGGACCUCAGCCAGCCCCGUCACAUGACCCCGCCGCCGCACAAAGACAGGAAGAACAGGCAUCAGAGAGAGGGGAGGAAGCAGGGAGAGAGAGAGGGACGAGUCAGGGCAGGAGCGAGGAGGAGGACAGAGACGGGAAGAGCAGGAGGAAGAGGAGGAAGAAGAGAGGGAGGAGAGGCGGAGACGACAAACUCAGCUCCAGCUCCAGCUUCGAGUCUCCCAGUCUCACAGAGUCUCUGAGUCCCACUGAGUGUCCCGGUCUCAGCGAGUCUCCCAGGCCACCAGAGACGGACCCGAACACCGAGGAGAGGGAUCAGACGGGAUGGGCCGCUGCCCCUGUGACGGCCACGAGAGAGGAAGCUGAGCAGGACGCCAUGACGCUGCCCGGUCAGACGGAGGGCCAGAGAGGGGACAAACACAGACCGGACUGUAGGGUCUCACGCUCUGAUCCUGGUUUCAUCAGUGUGAUGGAGGACCAGGGGACAGAUCAGACCACAGGUACCCCUCUGAAGACCUUACUAACCCAGGAUGAGAGUGUAGACCCUGAGAGCUCUGAGACCAGGUCUGCAGGCGCUGCUGCAGAACGUCCUGAAACCAGAACCACAGACGGAUGGGGACAGGAAGUGCUGGAGCUGGAAUUAGUAAGACAUGAAGACCAGGACCAACAGAGCCGGCAGGAUUCAGAGAUGAAGACAGAAGACCAGGACGUGACGGUUCAGUCGUCUGUGGAGCAGACCGACUCGAACGGACCAGGGCGGUCUACAGAUCUCCAGGGAAGACCUGGGUAUCCAGAGGAACGACCUGGGGAUCCAGAGGAACGACCUGGGGAUCCAGAGGAACGACCUGGGGAUCCAGAGGAACGACCUGGGGAUCCAGAGGAACGACCUGGGGAUCCAGAGGAACGACCUGGGGAUCCAGAGGAACGACCUGGGGAUCCAGAGGAACGACCUGGGGAUCCAGAGGGACGACCUGGGGAUCCAGAGGAACGACCUGGGGAUCCAGAGGAACGACCUGGGGAUCCAGAGGGACGACCUGGGGAUCCAGAGGGGGAAGCUGUAGGAUUUAUGGACUUGGAGCGUCCUUCAGAGAACGAUCCUCUGCCAUGUGGAGGCACAGCUGAUGUGUCGUCGCUGCUCCUAUCAGGGGAAGGAAGCGCCGGGACGGCUCCAGUGGAAUAUUCAGAGCAUUGUUUGGACUCUGAGAUGCUGAGAGGUCAGCAGCAGGCGGAGGAAGAGACAGAGGAAGUGGGUGAGGAGAGAGGAUGGACUGAGGAGAGGGACCUCAGCGUGGUACAGACAGAGGACCUAACAUUAGACCCAGAGCAGAAAUACAACGAAGAGCUGGCGGCAGCAGCCAUAGCCGUGGUAACGGUGGCAGUAGCAUCAGCCAUGGCAAGUGUGGAAAUGAGCCAAUGGUUAGCGGACAAUCGGGCACAGAGUGAAGAGACUUCUAGACCAGAGAAACCAGACCAGGGUAAGGACGCUGAGACCGUGGCCCCAGAGUUGGCCCUGGUUCAGGAGAACGAGUUAAGGAGUCAGACACAAGAGCAGCCAGGAGCAGCUCUUUUCAGCAACAAAUACGUGUCAGACACUUCUAGUUUACAAAAACACGUCAAAGAAGGAAGUAAAACUAAUCUGACACGGCCUGUAGGAGGAGAAAAAACACCACAAGAUGAACAGAAACCUAAAAUCCAGAAAAAAGAAGCUCAAAUAACUCAGAACCAUCUGUUUACGUUAGGUUCACAGCGUCUAGAAGAAGACGGCGUACUGCUAGAUCAACCAAAACCUUCACAAGAUACCAAAGACAAGGUUCCAGCAAAGGUAGACAGUCAGACAGAAACAGGGCCGAAGGUUGGCGUAGAAGCUUCUAGUCUCACGUUGUUUGGUGAUGAAGGAAAUCCAACCCAAGAGACACAUCCGUGUCUGGUGAGUUCACGGCCUGUAGGAGUAGACGACAUACCGAGAUCUAACCAGAGGCCUUUAACAGAACCCAAAGACCGGAGAGAAGACAAUCAGACUGCACAGAACGAUCUGUUAAAGCUUGGUUCAAGACCUGCAGAUGAACACAGGGCAAUGCGAGAUACCCAGAGAGCUUUGCCAGAAACUAAGCAUGAGAUUACUGCUCAGGUAGACGGUCAGACGGACACUGAGGUGCCACAGGCUCAGGUAGACGGUCAGACGGACACUGAGGUGCCACAGGCUCAGGUAGACGGUCAGACAGACUCUCAACCACAGGUAGACACUGACAGUCCUGGUCUUACUGUUCCUGACAGUGAAGGAAACCAAACACUAGGGUUAGAUCAGUUUAUAUCAAGUUUGAUGACUGCAGAAGAAGACAGGGUACCAAGAGAUGACCUUAGACCUUUAGCAGAUGAAGACAGGGUACCAGGAGAGGACCUUAAACCUUUAGCAGAUGAAGACAGGGUACCAGGAGAGGACCUUAGACCUUUAGCAGAUGAAGACAGGGUACCAGGAGAGGACCUUAGACCUUUAGCAGAUGAAGACAGGGUACCAGGAGAGGACCUUAGACCUUUAGCAGAUGAAGACAGGGUACCAGGAGAGGACCUUAGACCUUCAGCAGAUGAAGACAGGGUACCAGGAGAUGACCUCAGACCUUCAGCAGAUGAAGACAGGGUACCAGGAGAUGACCUCAGACCUUCAGCAGAUGAAGACAGGGUACCAGGAGAGGACCUUAGACCUUUAGCAGAUGAAGACAGGGUACCAGGAGAGGACCUUAGACCUUCAGCAGAUGAAGACAGGGUACCAGGAGAUGACCUCAGACCUUCAGCAGAUGAAGACAGGGUACCAGGAGAUGACCUCAGACCUUCAGCAGAUGAAGACAGGGUACCAGGAGAGGACCUUAGACCUUUAGCAGAUGAAGACAGGGUACCAGGGGAGGACCUCAGACCUUCAGCAGAUGAAGACAGGGUACCAGGAGAGGACCUUAGACCUUCAGCAGAUGAAGACAGGGUACCAGGAGAGGACCUUAGACCUUUAGCAGAAGAUAAAGAUGAGGGAACAGCUGAGGGAGACUCUCAGACAGGUAUCCAGGAGCUGUCUUCUCUUGGUAGACACCUAGACCAACACCCAGAAGGUCUUGGUAAAGGUGGCAAGGAUCCACAGCUGGAUGAUCAGAUUAAACAUGAAGCAGUGAGGCCAUCUGUUCUGGUGUCCGUUCCUGUCCCUGACUCCACCUGUCAGGAUGAACCAGCGCUGAAGGAAGCGCUGAGCGACCAUCAGACGUCUCUGUCUCUAUCAGACGUGAAGGAUGGCAAGGACGGUGUGGAUGCUGAGGGGUCUGACGGUCUAGACCUUAACACCAUUGACACGGUGGACGGGUGGAAGGAGAGAGAGAGGACAAAGGAGAGAGAGGAGGGGAGGAGAGGCCCAUCACAGACAGGAGCAGAGCGCAGCAGUCAGAGCAGGACUGAGCAGGACGCCCUGAAGGAUCCACAGCCUGACUGCAGUCCUCCUAGCGGUCUCAGAGUCACAGAUCCUGGGGCCGGCUGGUUUUUCUGAAGCCGCGUGUUUCAGUGAGUCUUUAACCGUGCCGUAGCCUCUACUCCCCCGUUUCUCCUCGCUGGUUUAUUAGAAGCAUGAA